CGCUGGGGCCGGCCCGGGAGCGCCGCGGCGGGGCUCGCCGAGAGGCGCAGGAGGAGCGGCGGCGGGGAGCACGCCUCCGAGGCAGGAUGCGGGCUGCGGAGGACCUGACACUUCUUGGAAACUCUUGGAAAUGGCUCCCGCCACGGCAGCGGGAGGGGCUGCGAACCUGGGGCGGGCGCUCGCCCCCGCUGGGCUGCUGAGCCGCGCUCGCCUGGAGGGCCCCGAGGCGCUGUCCCUGCGCCCCGCCGUCGGCUCGGGCUGAAAAAGUUUCUCCAUGGUUCCUUUGUGUUGUCCGAGCGCCCGUUCGCCGACCCCGAGCUGCCCCAGCCUUCCCGGCAGGAGGAGGUGACGGAGCAGCUAGUGGGCAGUUGGCGCCCCCCACUACUCAAGCCUCCGCCCCAGAGACUCGCCCCGCACAGCACCGGCACCGGCCCUGGCUCACCAUGAUCGCCACCGGUGGCCUACUGAGGAUUUCCGCCAGAAAGCAGGAUCCCCUCCGUCCCCCAAGCCAGGUCCCCAAACGCAAGCGGAAAGCCAAGAAAAGGCGCAAGAACGACGUGGUGGUGGUGAAGGGCAAGCUAAAGCUGUGCUCCAUCUCGGGGCUCAUUGCCCUCUGCGGGAUCCUGGUGCUGCUGGUGGGCAUAGCCAUGGCGGUGGUGGGCUACUGGCCCAAGGCCAACGGGGCCAAUAGGGAAGGGGGUAAGCAGCUGCCGCCCGCAGGCAGCGGCCACCGCGUCCAGACCACGGCCAAUAGCAGCAGCAGUGGGAGCAAAAACCGGUCCAGGAGCCAACUGGGGACUCCGGGGGGCGUCAACUCCAGUUCGGUGGGCGCGCCCCGAAGCACCUCUCCAGCGCGGUCAGCCUCGCCUUCGUCCUCCUCCACCUCCACAUCCGUGGGUUUCUUCUUCCGCAUCUUCUCCGGAUACCUGCACUCUGACAAGCUCAAGGUCUUCGGGCCCCUCAUCAUGGGUAUAGGCAUCUUCCUCUUCAUCUGUGCCAACGCGGUGCUCCACGAGAACCGAGACAAGAAGACCAAGAUCAUCAACCUGCGGGACCUCUACUCCACCGUCAUCGACGUGCACAGCCUCCGCGCCAAAGACCUGGCGGCCGCCGCGGCUGCGGCCGCCGCCGCCGCCUCCUCGUCCUCCGCCCCCACCUCGGCGACCCCUGGGGCCGCGCCGCUCAACGGCUUCCUCAGCUACGUGCAGUCGCGGGGUCUGGAGCUGAAGCCCGGGAGCUGCGGCGGCGGCGCUGGGGACGCCUUCGGGGCGUACGCGACCCUGCGGCGCCGCAGCACCAGCGGGCUCCCGGACUACCGGGCGCCGCCGUCCCCGGACCCCCCGCCCUCCCCGGUCGGGGCGGAGCCGGACUCAAGCCUUCUGGCCCAAGCUGCCUCCGCGCCCCUGCGGCUGGAGGACUCUCCCCCCGCCGGGCCGGACUCGCCGAGCUCGCAAUCAGAUGACCCUUCCUGCUGCAAUAAGAGCUACAGUCCCCUGCGGGAGGCUGGCACCUCUUUGGAGUCCGUUGUGGAAGCAGUAGCCAGUAAAAGUCCAGACUGUGAGGCUGCCACGGCCCCGGGUGCAGAGCCGAGCCCCCCGGAGGAUCCCAGCCAAGGGCCAUCUAGGGCCCAGCCUCCUCAGCUGGUGCAGAGGCAGUUUACAAACAAGGAGAAACUCUUUAUGAUUUCCCGGUCUCCUGCCAUAGGGGUAGAGGAUGGAGAACUGGAAAGUACUGGCAUUUAGGGCAAGCGGGAGCAAGAGGGGGGUAAGGAGUGAGAAAAUUGGAGAAAUGCCCACUUGAAUCGGGGAAUUUAACAUUUCCCUCUUUCCUUGUGGACUCAUCUGAGGAAACUAUCCAAUACCCAAAGAGCUGCAGAAUGUUAUCCUUGAAUUGCGUUCACAAGAUUCCUGUAGAUAACUCCAAGCAAAAAUUUUUUUUAAAAAAAAGCUAACUAGUCUUUUACGUCCGAUGGUGAUUGUACGCUCCAUGAAAACCAAAUGUAUUAAAAAGUCAGCAAUCUAGUUCAUUAGAUAAAAUUCUCUUAAUUUUCUUAGGAUCAAAAUAAUAUAUUUUUGACAGUAACUGUGCACUUUACUCCAACUUCUCUCCCCCCUUCAUUUCCCUAACCCUGUGCUCUGCUGCUGGUUUUGUCCAUAGCUGCUUGUGAAUGACAAGCUUCCUUUUUCCUGUGCUUUUGUGGAGCAUAGAAGGGGUUGUCCGCAGCUCUUUCAGGACUGAUCUUACAGAGGAAGUCACAGCCAGAAGCAGGAGUAUGUCAGGAGAGAGCACUUUCCUUGCCCCAACCCCCGCACUGCUCCAACAGCCCAAAGGCCUCUUUAUUUUUGAAAAGGGUAUUUACAUUUUGCUACCAGGGUAUCUGAUGGAGAAGGGGAGGGGCAGCAUCUAGAUGGACUAUUACAUUCCUAAAUUCACUAUAUCAAGUACACAAUACUUUAUUGAGUAUUAUCACACCUGUAUUGCAAUAGCAUUAUUAAAAAUCUUUUUUUAAUAAAAGAAGUUUCCAAACAAA